UGGAAGGACGUGCGUUUCAUGGGCUCCCAAGGAGCGGUGGUUGCGGCUAACAGCGGCCGCGGUGACAGGAUCGACGGAAUGGAUACCGAGGGAUACGAAGUGGUUUUGCCUACUCUGCCAUCAGGUCGUAGUGUUUUGAAUACGUUAUUUUUGCACGCGGAUGUCCGGUCGAGGCCUUACCGAGUCGAACAUUUCCGGGACACGUUGGCGCGUCUUGGUUUGCUCCCCGAAGUGGUAGCGUUGGGGGCAUAUCAGAUGAGCCACGUAUGGGCUGUGACUUUCAAGAGCACGGAAGGGAUAAAGAAGGCUUUGGCAUGCGGCGAAAUGAAGGUGAAGGGCCAACGUUGUUUGGUUAUUGAUCCGGCAAACCAGGACGUGCGUCUGAAGCUUCACUGGCUUCUUUUCAAUGUGGCUGACGAUGAUGUGCGUGUAGCGCUUGCUCCGUUCGGAAAGGUGACCGAGGUCUCGAAGGAAAAGUGGAGAGUUCAAGGGAUCCAAGACAAGGGAUCGACGACACGCCUCGUGCGCCUCAAGCUCCAUAACGGCAUUAAGGUUGAUGACCUUCCACACCAGCUUCGCGUAGCCGGUGACAUGGCCCUUCUAGUCGCGCCCGGAAGAGCGCCACUGUGCCUGCGGUGUCACAGUAAGGGCCAUAUCAGACGAGAAUGCCGAGUUCCUCGCUGCACGCACUGCCGUCGUUUUGGACACGAAGAAUCUCAGUGCGUGAAGACGUACGCAAGUGUUGCGGGGCCGGUUGGUGGAGAAGACACUGCGGAACUCGUCAUGGACGAGGCUGACGCUGAAGAAGCCGCAAGCGAAGCAACGUCGAAGCUCGAGGAACUUGAUGAGGCAACGUUAACCCCGCCCGACAUGCCCCAGGACGCGAGUGUUAACAAGGAAAGCCGAAAGCUGACCGACGCAGCUGGCGACGCCACCGGCGUCGUGAAAGUGCAGGAUGCCUCAACGCCGUCGAAGUCACCUGAGGAGCCAGCAGUCAUGGAAGUAAGCGAGGGAACAAGCGGAGCCUCAGUCUCCAAGCGCGGCCACGACGCUACGCUGGACGAGCAUGAGGCCCUGGCUGCAAGGAUCUCGGAAGGACCACCGCCAAAGGCGGCGAUCAUUCGGCGGUCAACGCUGAGGGCGCGUCCGAACAUACCUCCGGACCGGAGGGCGGCGGAGACGCCGCCGACGUAGCCGCGAGAGCGUGUGCUUCGCGGCGUCUCUUCUAGUCUACGCAGUGACCAAGCCAAACUCAAGGGACGAUGGAACGCCAUGACAGGGACAUCAACUGUGCCUUCCUAAGGCUGCCAUGGCAGCUGCGGAAGGUUUGUGCAAAAGGCGAAAGCAGCUUUGGCCCCAGACGCAUGAGGUGGGUACCAUGCGGUUCGUUUGUCCUUCAAAAAACAUAACAAUGGCUCAAAACACUGCACUUCGUUUUGCUACUAUAAAUGUCCGCGGUCUUUGUGCCAAAAAGCGGCAAUACCAGCUUAGCCGGCUUUUCUUAGAAACAGAUGUUGAUAUAGCAGCUGUGCAGGAGACAAAGAUAGAAAGUGAGGAACAAACGGAUCGCAUGGUGCUGCAGUUUCGCAAUAGAUACAAUGUUUGUGUAUCACAUGCUGUUGGGACUUCCGCGGGGUGCGCUAUCUUCAUUAGAAACAACCUGGGAAUUAGAGAAGAAGGGGUCUUUUCUUGUGAAAGUGGAAGACUGGUGUUUGUGGAUUUUUCCUUUUUGGGUGUGGGUUGGCGCGUGAUAUGUGUCUACGCCCCAAACACUGAAAGUGAGCGUGUGCCUUUCUUUGAGACAGUAAAUCAGCAUUUGCAGUGUGACAGGAAAGUCGUAUUGCUAGGAGAUUUUAAUUGUGUAUGUUACGCGGCCGAUCGAGUGAAAAACCUUCCAGUGCGUGACAAAAGUGCUUUACUUUUAAACACACUAGUGCAAGAAUCUAAUCUGGAUGACGUCGGUAAUUUCCUGUGUACUACCGGCACGCCUGCAUUCACACAUUUUCAAGGGCAAAGUCACGCAAGGCUAGAUAGAGGGUAUGUCGCACUGGAGCUUGUUCCGAUGUGUGGCAGCUAUAGUGUGAAACACGUCUCGUUCAGCGAUCACAGCCUCGUAACUUUUAGUGUAGGUACCAAAGAAAGAAAAUCGAAGUUUAACUGGAAGUUGUGGAAGUUCAACGAUGGGCUGUUAAUGAACGAAUCCUUUUGCGAAAGCGUGAAGCAAAAGUUAGAUAAUUUGAUCGAAGCCGAAGAUGGCAACGUGCUAGAAUUAUGGGAGAACUUUAAACAAGGAGUCAAGAUCAGUGCUAUAGAAGAAUCCAGUAAAGAGAAAUUUAUUAAAAGGAAAAAAGAAAAUGAAAUGCAGCGUGAGCUUGAUUUUUUGUACACCGUGGAAAGCGAGAGACCCGGGAGCCGAACAAAGGAGAUAAGAGAACUGAAAAGCCAGCUUGAGCUUAUCGAAGAAGAGAAGUUCAAAGGAGCAGUUAUAAGGGCACGAGCUGAAAGGGUUUGGCUAGGUGAGACACCGAAUAAACGAGCCUUAUCUGACGAAAAGGCAUACGCGAGGCGAAAUGAAAUCAGAAUGAUUCAAUACGAGAACGAGAUCACGAGCCAACCUCAAAAAAUUGAAGAGGCGUUUCUUGACCAUUAUAGCAAAUUAUUCGGGACUGUUAAAGACGUCACAGAAGAAUUCAAGACGGACUUUUUGUCAAACAUGCCGCAAUUAGAGGAAGACAUUCAAAAGCGUCUGGAGUGGCCUCUGAGCAUCACCGAAGUGGAAGGAGCCAUAGAUGAUUUAGUUGUAGGCAAGUCUCCGGGACCUGAUGGACUCGGAGCGGCCUUUUAUAAAGCCUUCAAAAGUGAUGUCAGUGAGAUCCUGUUACGGUUGUUUAAGGAGGCCUAUGCGCAAAAACAGGUUCCUCCUUCUUUUCGGACAUCGCACGUAGUCCUGAUACCGAAAUCAGAGGACCCAGAAAAAUUGUUAGCUGUUGACGCUUACCGGCCGAUAUCACUAAUGAAUGUAGACUAUAAGAUAUUUACAAGAGUGCUGGGAAAGCGAUUACAGGGAGUGGCGACCAGAAUAGUAGGGUCGCAU